AUGGAGAGACCAUUCUCACUGCCAAAUUCGAUACUAAUAUCGGAUAUGCGCUCAGAGGAUACACACUCUCCGACUCAGCUUCAUAGCGCACAGAGCCCGACACCAACAAGAACACAAACACCAACCCAACAUAGGAAUCCAAUCGACACCACUGUUGAUACUACCGUCAGAGCAUUCCCGAGUACGCCUAGAGCAUUCAUCUACGUCAUUCAAUUGAAUCAAACCUCCAGAGUAGAAUCUUCGAGUGCGCCUAGAGCAUUGAUCUACGUCAUGUAUUGGAGCAAACAUUCAGCAUGGCUUGGAGCACCAUAUGCAGCACUGGUGGGAGCGCCCGGAGGUGCUCGUACAGCACCCGAGGAUCCGGAGGAUGCUCGUAUAGCACACGGGGGUGCUCUCGGAAGCAUGAUGAGCCCUGGAAUAGCUGAUUGUAUUCGGUCGCUACCUAUCACUUCAAGCCCCUCCCUGCUAUCUAAGCUCUCAAGAUACCUCUUGAAAGCGCAUUCAGCUCACGUUUCAAGUUUAGGCUUCAACUUGAAGUUUCAAGUUUCGUUUCAACCUUCAUCCUCCCCUCAGGGCACUCCAGAGCGCUCACAGAAGAAGCGAGAUCGCAAUCCAGACACCGACGAAUCAGAUAGCAAAAAACGCCGAAGGAAGGAAAGGAAGGAGAAGAAGAAGGAAAAGAAGAAGGAGAAGAAGGAGAAGAAGAAGGAGAAGAAGAAGGAGCAGAAGAAGAACGAGAAGUCCUCCCCUUCCUCGUCUCGCAAAGAGAUGAAAAGCCUCCAGCCUAUCCCAGAAGAGAUAGAAGAGACACCCCCGCCGCAGUCAUCCUCUUCCCGGAAGCAUCCCCGAGUGGUUUCAAGCUCCCGACAGCACUCGUCACCGCCCCCUCAGCACUCGUCACCGUCUCUUCAGCACUCGUCACCGCCCACUCGGCACUCGAGACUCUUCCCAAAAGAGUGGGAAUCAGUGCAAUCUGAAGUCGAGUCCGACAGCGAAGCAGCAGGGACAGCAGCAGGCCCAGCAGCAGGCCCAAGACUCCAAAGAGGACGAGCACUUCAACGAGUCUCCAGCACUUCCCCAGAAUUGGGCAGCUCGCCGCCACAACCAUCUGCCCCUGUCCGUAGAACCGUACUCCCAGUUCAUACCCCUGCUCCAGAAGCAGUCGCCAGUGCUUCACAGAGCUCUCAAUCCCGACGUCGCCGUCGGCUACCAAUACCUAGUUCCCCUCUACCGGCAGAGCAGAGGCAAAGCAGCAGAGAUCGUGCCCCAGAAACUCCCCCUUGUGCCCCAGAAACUCCCCCACGUGCUCAGGUAGCAUACGCCAGUCCUCCAGAAGCAUACCCCAGUGCUCCAGAAGCAUCAUCCCCAAUCUCUCAAGCCCGAUACACCGGGAAAAUGACUCAGGCAAAUACAGCAAAGAUGGCUUUAGGUUUGAUCAACCUCCCUAAAUCGUACACUAACAUCCGCAACAGCCUCAAAGCGGAGAUGCAGAACACCGGUUGGGUCAACAAAACCGUUUCCGGAGCAGCAGCGUUCAAUGCUCUAUGCCUCCAUGUGUUGAACAUACGCCCUCUCAGUGGUUUCCUGCCUAUGUGGAACGGAGGCGAUUCCGCAACCCACAGAGCACUCGCGGACGCUUUGAAGUGGCUCAUCGCUGAUGUUGGGCAGAAGGAAAAGCUAUCAAGGGGGCAGGGAAAUCGCGAGUAUAAAGAAGUUGCUGACGAUAGCGAUGAUGAUGAGGACGGUGGUCUGCCCGCCCAACGCUCUAAGAAGCGUAAACGGGACCCAGUGUCUGCAGAUCUCGAUAGACCUUCCAUAAUGGUUACGGUGGUAGACCCGGAUGCUCUAGGAGCAUUCUCCAGGGUUGCCCCGCCCCCUAUCUAUGACUGGAACCAUCGACGAAAUCAGAAUUCGUUCAUUGGAGUUCUGACCAAGAUAACGUUUCCAGAGCUCUGCAAUUUGAUCCUGAAGCACACCCCACCCGACAGAGCAAUCAGGAGUAUCUGGAGAGCACUCGAUAACGUUCCACCGGCAUCCAAUCCUCCUGUUCGGCCGAUGGAGGUGCAGAUCACUGAUUCGGAAGAGGUCGAGGGUUGGUUGAAGAAUAGCGUUGGCAGGCCUCGGGGGAUACUGGCGGUCCUCCACAGAGCGGGUGCGGGUGCUAAUUUGGGUGGUGCUGAAACACCGCCGCUGACACGAGCAUUCCCUCAUAUCGAGGAAGACGAUUACACCAUGAUCGAUAUUCCAGCAGAGGACUCUGAUUACGAGGAGGGAAAUCACCGCAUAAAUGCUAAAGGACUGAGGGUAUAUUUGCUCAGAACUGAUGCCAGUAAUCAAAGGCUAAUCCAGACUCUUGUUAGACGUCGCGAUAGACAGCAGGAUGCUAUCGACGACUUAGACCCCAAAUACCUGAGGAAGUAUCCUCUGGGUGUAGGGGUUGCUGACGCAAACUUUGCACAGGGAGUAAUCUGGACACCUGCCGGGAUAGCAGCCAAGAGAGCUGCUGACGCACUCGCGGCUGCUGCUGGAGGUGGUGGUGGUGGUGGUGGUGGUGGUGGCAAUCCUCCUCCGGGCGGUGAUGGUGGUGGUAAUCCUCCUCCGCGCGGCGGUGGUGGUGGUGGUGGUGGUGGUAAUCCUCCUCCGGGCGGUGGUGGUGGUGGUGGUGGUGGUGGUAAUCCUCCUCCGGGCGGACCUCCUCCUCCUCCUCCUCCUCCUCCUCCUCCUCCUCCUCCUCCGGGUGGACCUCCGGGCGGUGGUGGUGGUGGUGGUGGUGGUGGACCUUCUGGAGGCGAUGGUGGUGGUGGUGGUGGUGGUGGUGGAGGUGGUCGGCCAGCUGGAGGCGGUGGAGGCGGUGGUGGUGGUGAUGGUGGUGGGCAUCAUUAG